UCUCACGUGUGCAGCAAAUACUACUUCAAUUCCUCUACUUUUUCAUGGCUUUGAUGCCUACGCGUUGGAUUCGUGAUUCUAGCAAUCCGGCUCAUGUUUUUCUCGAAAAAUUGUUUGAGGACGGUGCCAUUGAACCUACUACUCAACCUAAAACUAUCUUCGAAGCACAUGAAAUCUUUAAAAGUUCUAAGUUCUCGCUGGCUGUAUUUCGUAAUGUGUUCAACGAAUUGAAAAGCUCAACUGGUCUUUUAUUACGGAAGCGACAAGCUGAAGUGACUGCCUCAAAUGAGUCUAGCAGCAGCAGUGGAAGCGUAACAAAAGUUUCCAAAUUAAAUGAAGAAGGUGCUACUGCUUUUGAAAAUCUAGACUCGAGGUUUAGUCAUCAUAACCAACCAAUCCUCGUCUCUGUUUACAAAGACCACGAAACAGAGCAAGAAAAAGUCAUCAUGCUCUGCGUCCUCCCAAACGACGCCACCGAAAUUCGUUUUCGUUUAGUUGGUUCUGGCUCAGGGUCAAGGUUGGCGGUUAUAGAAUAUACUUGGCCCCCCAUAGCCUAUGAAAUAGAGGCGUUAUUCGGAGAAGAAAUAAAAAAAGGAGAGAUGUCAGCUUGUGAUCCCAAAAUUCUGGCUUUGAAAGAAGAUCUGAGGUUCACCCGACAGCACAAGGCUCAAGCUCCCAAAGGCUCCAUCGAGAUCAACCUUCCAAUCCCAGUCCAAACAGCUGUACACACCAUUAAGCCUGAAGGAAAGACGAGGAAAGAUGGCAGCCAAGCCAUUCUCGUUGAAUUAACUGCCUACCAAUCCAGCUACACAGUAAGACCAGAAGACGAAAAAAUUGUGUUCAAAACAUUAGAUGUUUGAUUCCCUUCUCGAGUCUCAUAUUUUCAGUCUACAUGUUCAUUUGUACAUAAACGACAAUAAACAACAUUGACAGGUA